CCAGCCCCUGAGGUUUCGGAACGGGACGCCUCAAGCGAGCGCCAGAAGCACAAACUUGAGUUUUCCUCCGCCUUUGGAGGACGUGUUAUCUUACCGAUCUGAAAGAGCUUGGGUCGCAGCUUCCCUUUGGCUUGGCGGGGAAACUCUUUGAGUGCUUCUUCCCUAAGAGAAAAAAACUGUUAAUGGCCCGAUUCAAUGACUGGGCUGAAACGCGAGACCGUGGUCUGGUCUCUAAGUGUCUUUGUGGGGGGAAAGGGAAAACUUUAUUUUUAAGUUCUUAGAAUUGGAAAAAGCCCAACCAGGAAAAAUAGGCUUCUCUGUCUCUGAGCCUAUCGCCCCGUCCCUAAAGUCAAAGGGGAGCCUUGAUUCCUUCUUCUCAUCCAACUCCAUCAACUGCCCCAGUGCCUUUAGGGACCUCAAAGGACUCCUUCCAGUCAGUUCCCAGUGAUGCACUCCCGAAAGAGUGCUGGCCCCAGAGGCCCCGGAUCCUAGACCUCAGAAGUCUUCUGGUUCAGUCCAUUUUCUCAUUUUACAGAUGAGGAAACUGAGACAAAGAAGUUAAAUCCAAGCGCUAGAGGCAAGGCUCAAAUCGAGCUCUUUCUGACCUCCCUCUAACUUCCCCAGAGUCACAGUUACAUUCAUGUGUUCGAUGUGUAAUAAGUCCCUUUCCUCUCUUUGGGCCUCAGUUUCCUUUUCUGUAAAAUGAGGGGAUUAGGUGGCUGGUGAGAUCCUUUCUAGCUCUAAAUCUAUAAUCUAAAGGAGGGGAACUACCCCUCUGGGACCCGGAGUCUCCUAGAAACUGAGGAGUUCUGCUGUGUCCUCUGCCUCCCUAGAGCCAACCCAAGCGCAUCCAUGCAGCCACCCACCGCUAGGAGGAAAUCACAGCGGCAGCCGUGGUGAAACAUAAAGUUUAUUCGACUCAAAGUGACGCAAAAAUUCUUAAAGAGCUCUUUGGCAGCCGAUUAUCUAGAAAUCAGACCAUGUGAGGGGGCCUGGAGUACAAAAAGCUCCCCCAGCGCAUGGGCUGCCCUCACGCUCAAAGUCAGGCACCGGAGUGACUUCGGGGCAGGGAGAUUUCGCCUUGGCCAGCUGUCGGGGGAGAAGGCUCUCGCAUCCACCCCGCGCCCAGGACCUGUCAUUGAGACUCCAUAAAGCUGUGAGGACAUCCAAGAACUGGAGGAGAGUUCUAAUUCCAGUUGCCUUCAAAUGGACAUGAGCACCAUCUGCUAAGCACCAAGAUGGAGACCACCCCACUGAAUUCUAAGAAAGGCCAGUCAGCCUGCAAGGAUGGAGAAGAUUGCCAGGGAAAUGGCAUUCUACAGAAAGGACUCUCUGCCACUGGGGACAAGACGGAGAUGGGACAGAUCUCGAAUGGGUACUCAGCUGUUCAGAGCCCAGGCACUGAAGAGGAUACCCGAAACUCCAUCCCGGCAGACCCUGCUCUAGGGACUGAAGAUCACCAAGGGGAACGAGAGACCUGGACCAAGAAGAUGGACUUCCUCCUCUCUGUCAUUGGCUAUGCUGUGGACCUCGGCAAUGUGUGGCGCUUCCCGUAUAUUUGCUACCAGAAUGGAGGAGGGGCUUUCCUUAUCCCCUAUACCAUCAUGGCCAUUUUUGGUGGGAUUCCUCUCUUCUACAUGGAGCUAGCUCUGGGCCAAUAUCAUCGAAAUGGCUGUAUUUCAAUAUGGAAGAAAAUUUGCCCCAUUUUCAAAGGAAUUGGCUUUGCCAUUUGCAUUAUUGCCUUCUACAUUGCCUCCUACUAUAACACCAUCAUGGCUUGGGCUCUCUACUACCUCAUCUCUUCCUUCACGGGUCACCUGCCCUGGACCAGCUGCAAGAACCCCUGGAACACAGACAAUUGUACCAACUACUUUUCAGAAGGCAACAUCACUUGGACCUCCAACUCCAUAUCACCUGCUGAAGAAUUUUAUACGCGCCAUGUCUUACAGAUCCAUCGCUCUGCAGGCCUAGAGGACUUGGGAGGCAUUAGCUGGCAACUGACCCUCUGCAUAAUGUUGAUCUUCACUGUUGUCUACUUUAGCAUCUGGAAAGGCGUCAAAACAUCGGGCAAGGUGGUGUGGGUGACGGCCACUUUCCCUUACAUUAUCUUAACCAUCCUGCUUAUAAGGGGGGCCACGCUCCCAGGAGCCUGGAGGGGUGUCCUUUUCUACCUGAAACCCAACUGGCAGAAGCUUCUUGAAACUGGGGUCUGGGUAGACGCCGCUGCUCAGAUUUUCUUCUCUCUGGGUCCUGGCUUUGGGGUCUUACCAGCCUUUGCUAGCUACAACAAGUUCAAUAACAACUGUUACCAAGAUGCCCUCGUGACUAGCAUCGUAAACUGCAUGACGAGCUUCAUGUCUGGAUUCGUGAUCUUCACUGUGCUCGGUUAUAUGGCUGAGAUGAGGAAUGAGGCUGUGUCAGAAGUGGCUAAAGAUACAGGACCCAGCCUUCUUUUCAUCACCUAUGCAGAGGCCAUCGCCAACAUGCCAGCAGCCACAUUCUUUGCUAUCAUUUUCUUCUUGAUGAUACUGACUCUGGGCUUAGACAGCACGUUUGCAGGACUGGAAGGUGUGAUCACGGCCGUGCUGGAUGAGUUCCCCCACAUCUGGGCCAAACGCCGGGAGUGGUUCGUGCUUGCCGUGAUCGUGGCCUGCUUCUUCGGCUCUCUGCCCACUUUGACUUUUGGAGGGGCCUAUGUUGUGAAGUUGCUGGAGGAAUAUGCCACAGGACCAGCAGUUCUCACGGUGGUCUUGUUAGAAGCAAUUGCUGUGUCUUGGUUCUAUGGCAUCAACCAGUUCUGCAGCAACGUGAAAGAAAUGCUUGGUUUCAGCCCGGGUUGGUAUUGGAGGAUCUGCUGGGUAGUGAUCAGCCCAAUAUUUCUGCUGUUCAUCAUCGGCAGUUUUCUGAGCAGCCCCCCAGAGUUGCGACUCUUCGAUUAUGAUUACCCUCGUUGGACCGUCCUCCUGGGCUACUGCAUCGGGACUUCUUCCUUCAUCUGCAUCCCUGCCUACAUUACUUAUCGGUUGAUCAUCACUCCAGGGACAUUUAAGGAGCGAAUUCUUAAAAGCAUCACUCCGGAAACGCCUACAGAGAUUCCCUUUGGGGACCUCCGCUUGCAUGCUGUGUAGCCAGUGAUGGACAAGAGGAAAAAGCUUCUCUCUCAAUCCCUGCCCUCUACUCAUCCCCCCCUUACCCUCCUCCCCUCCGAGUGAACCGAGUUUCCAGCUGAGCCCAGGAACGAGGACAUUCGUCAUAGAGACACCGGUGCCUGGCAUCUCGUCACCUCCAGCCUUCAUUUUCACCUCCUUCUAAGAAAUCAGCUGGGCCCUUAUGGGCCUCCACUCAGCGACUACAACUGAACCGGUUCCUUCUGGAUGGGGAGGACUCUGUCUGUCUGUCUGUCUGUCUGUCUGUGUGUCACCGUGGGAACGGGUGAAAGGGACAGCGUGAACCACUAGUGACUGGUAGCAUCCGUUAGGAUUACGUUUAGUCUCGAGUCUGUGCGUGUCUUCUCAAUGUGAUGAUUUGUGUCGGACCAUACUGUGUUUGCUUCUAAGGGUUUCCCUGUCAAGUGAGUGUACGAAGUGUGUAGGACAACACAGAAAUUGUUCGGAUAGCCAUAUAUUCUCCAAGGAGCGCAGAACCCGGAGCUGGAAGCUAAUGGAACUCUCUAACCAGGGCUGCGGGUCUCGCAGGGGGAGUUGGGGAAAGCCAACGUGAAGGGGCCACGUGUAUGCGUGUGGGUCGGUGGAUGUAGCGUGUCACUGCCAUUACAGUUAACGUGUCUCUGUCUCUCUUUUUCACGAUUAUGAUGCUUUCUGGCACUUUACAAAUACGUCAUCUUCGUUUUUCCUCUAGCCACAGAUUUUGACACAAACAUGCGUCCCAUCUGUAGCUUCUAUAAGAUACUCAGCCCUCUUUUCUUGGGCUUUGGAUGCCCAUCCUUGGUGGGUGCCCCACACCUUCGCCCACAGGCACACACACACAGACACACGCCUCUUCCUUUCCUUGGCGCUCCGCGUCAUCACCCUCCCUCUCUUUUUCCACAACCCCUUCAGGAUGACACUCCACAGACAAGUCUGGCUCCUUUUCUGUUUUGCUCUGCCUCCCAUUUAAGCUGUUUCUGAGGGUAGAUGCCAGAACCUUUCCUUCCACUCCUGUUGUUCUCAAAGUAAGUAAGUAGGAAUAGAAAGAGGAAUCCUAGGAGCAGGCUCCAUUGUUUUUCCUGUCCUGUGCUCCUUGGAGGGAAUGCUGGGAAACAAAGAAAUGGGAUACAUUUUUUGCAUGAGGUCUAGUUCUGGCCCAGGCGCUCAUCCCUAAACCAAGCCAGUCAAUUCUCUGUGUUCUCUCUCUCUCUCUCUCUCUCUCUCUCUCUCUCUCUCUCUCUCUCUCUCUCUCUCUCUCUCUCUGUCUCUCUACCUUAUAUUUUCCUUCCUCCUCUUUUUUUCCCCCUUCCCAGUUGCCUCAUCCUGAUUUUCCCUAACUGUCCUUCAUUUCCUACUGCUGAAAGGAAAGAAGGUGCCCGAGGCUUAAGCUGUCCAAAUGGCUUAUAAAAUCAUAAAACACAGAGGCAAAAUCCCCUUAUAAUCAGGUUCUCUUCAUUCUCUGGGGCUUGUUACCAUUAAGUAGGACAUCUUUCAACCUAUCUAUAAUUGCCAAAUCAUCUUUGAGAACAACAGGAAAUUCACCUGAUGAGUCCUAGGUAGUUAUUCUAACAGUAAAGAGACCUGUGAUAGAUUUCAGCUGCUUCUCUCAUAACCCAAUUUAGUGAAAUUUGUUUUAGCUCAAACUAAUGUGCAACACACCAAUUUUCUGCUAUCCUGCUGGCCUGCCUAUAGCAGGCAGAGUUAAGCAGUAAAUUAGUAAAGAGGUCAAUGUGUUUUAAAAUACAUUUUAAAAGUGUGAGAGACAAAAAGUCAUGCUCUCUCUUGAAAUGUCUUUGGAGUGUGGUCCAGAUACAGGCAUCACAAAGAUCCAGGUCUAUGUAUGAAGGGCCAUGGGCUUUCAGGACCUGUAUUUGUCAGGAAUGUGAUAUAAAAGAGGAGUGGUACAGUCUAGGACCAUGAUGGCGAACCUAUGACACACGGCCGCAUACAGAGAAGUAUGGGGCUGCAUGCCGAGAAGGACGUUUUUUUCUUGAAAUGACACACCACUCAAGUUAUGCUCGUUUUUUUGGGUGAAUAUUGACACACCAAGCUCAAAAGGUUGCCCAUCACUAGUCUAGGAGAAUCCAUAGACAAAAUUCUUGGUUAAGCCAACAUUUUCUCUGGAAAAGAGCAAAAGACCCCAAACAAAUCCUAGCUACAUCAGGUUUUAGUGAAGAAAGUGUUUCCCGGAGCCAUGAGAACUGCCAUUGCAAUUCCUUUUCCUCCCCAUUUCAGGCCUUUUUUAGAUGGCCCAGGGGAAAUGACUUCUAUUUUAGGGGGAAUUUUACAUUAGUAAGCAUAUUAUUAAUGUAAAACAAAGAAUCUUAUAGACAACCCAAAUCUAAUGUAGCAUUUGCGUAAAGCCAAAUUAAAAAAAAUAAUAACCCACUAGUAUCUGAACAAGAAAAGCAAAUUGUUAAGAUUCUCUGUUUACUGUGAAAUCUUGUAAUAAUCCCCAAACAGAAAUUAAACACUCAGGCUUCACCAUCUGUGAAAAUGGAAUCACCUUUGCCAAACUUAUGGUCAGUAAAAUACUUGUGCACAUGCAUAAACGGGGUUCUAGGAUUGUCUUUGCUCUGACAGGUGUGAGUCAUUCCUCCCUCUACUGAUUUUCUAAACCUGGUACCACUCAUUUCAAAACUUGACUAAGUGAAAGACAUUUUCCAGUUCAAAUACUUCUCCAAAAAAAUCUCUCCCACUGGCUUCAGACAUAAUGGCUUAAAAUGGCUUAAAGGUUGGUUCCUGCUUUUUUCUCCCAUUUGGCAAAGGACUGAAUUGGUGCAUGGCAUCUAUGACGGGAGCAGGAUGUGGUGGACACCCAUUCUGGUACAAUAAAAUCUGGAGCCACGCAGUGGACUUAAUGUACACAUAACGUGGUAACUAGGACUGCUCAACUGCUGCUGGCUGCUUUCGUAACUGUCCUUUUGAUCCACAAAUCAACAAGUGGUGUUGGGGGGGAAGCCUUUGUUUAAAAUUGUCUCCAUCUUGUCCCUGAGUUGUCCAGGAAGCCUUUUUCUCUUCUUCUCUGUAUUGAGGGUGCAGAAAGUGGGAGGAAGGAGAGGGAAAAAGGGAGGGAAGGGAGAGCAGCUGCUUUACAAAGCAAACAUGCUGAUUGCAUGUCCUAACUAGAGAAGUACCAGCAAAAUCACCCGAAGCAACAAGUUGUGUAUUCCUAAUCACGGAACCUGCAAAGUAUGUCUUCUGGGAGAAAAGUGCUUCAGAAUGAGUUUUACCUUCUGGAAAGGCAUAGUUCGGGUUCCUUGCAGUUGUUAGGAAAUAACAUUUAUAAACCCAAACAGGGCAUAAGAGCAAGAGUGUGCAGGGUGUACUCCUGCCGGGUGGAUGUGCUCUUCAAACUCCCCUGUAAACCUCCAGCCUUUCCUUGUGGUUUUCCCAUUUGCACCUAAGAUUCGAUGAUGUAUUUUAUUAAAAAUUCUUUUUGCGACAUUCACUCCUUUGGGAAGAAUCCUCCAGCUCCCCAAGUCUCAUACUUCUGCCAUUGCAGCUAUGGUAUGGGCUUUUUUCUUUAUUGCUAAUCUGUGUUUCCAGAGUUUUAAGAUAAUGAAACAAUCUGGCAUCUCGUAAAGUUCAGCCACACUCCAUUAGGAGCUGCUAAAAACUCGGUGACUUCAUAAGGAGUUCAUCUCUCCGUUCCUCUUGGGAUGGGGAGGUUUCCAAGGAAGGGUGGGCUGGCAAACUUUAGUUUUCCCCAAGUGACUGCACAGACCACUUCCACCAUUUGGUUCAGCAGAUACCUACUCUAAUGGAGAAGGGAAGCAUUAAAGAGGGUACUUUCCGCACUUGGGUUUUGUAAGGUUGGAGGCUGUUCAGUCAACAUCUGCCCGAGUCAGGCCACCCCACGAUUUUCAGACUUGGAAAAUUUUAUCCCCAAGUAAGACGAUCCUCCAACCCCGAAUACGUCUCCUGCCAAGUUGCUGUCCAUCCACUGUGCAAGUGUCGAAGUCAUCGAAAUAUCCGUUACCGGAUAGCCUACUUCCCUUUGGCCAACAGGAGGGAAGAAUCGGGCUGUUUAAAUCCAGAAGAUUCUAGGAGGGUCGAUGUGUGGAAAAGCCAGAGACGAGAAUAGACGACAACCCAAAGUCCCCGGGAUUCAGACCGUGAUGUGAAUUUAUUUUAGUCCUCUGUAAAUUGCCCGAUGCCGACAAGAUUGCCUCUGGGGAAGAGCAUCCCAAGGCGCCCCCUCUUCCUGCUAGUUCUCAAUUCUCUCUAAUACUGUCUAAGAACAGGACCUGCAUAUUUACAUACAUUAAGCCAUUCCCCACCUCCCACCCCCAAGUAAAGGGACAUUUCACAGCCCUAAAACAGGACCACAGGGCAGCGUAGCCCCCUGAGUCGACUUUCGAUCUCGGGAAAAUGGGAGAUUGACUUAAUCAUCGAGGCAUGUCGUCAUAGGCUGCUUUCUGUGAGAGCACGGAGAGAGCCUCUUGUGCCCGGCGCUCCUAACGCGGAACGUUUCAGGAUUUAGCAAAACUAAAGCCAGAUAUUGAUUUUUUUUUUUUACCCAAAUGCCAACACUAAAGAGCAAAUAGUACUAACAAACAAUUAUUCAAAAUACACAUCCCCAUGUCUUUGGCCAAGCUCUCAAUGGAACCGUAGACCAGUUUAAGAACAACCUAAUAUAUAUAUAUAAAUAUAAAUUCAUACACACCACAGAGAGCUAGGAGGGGCUGCACAUUUUCUUUACAAAAAGAUUCUCCAAACACAAGUUGCUCUAAAUUGUCAGUUGAUUCACCGAAAAUGUUUUGAACUAUAAAUAACUCUCCAGAAACUCUUCUAUUGUAUAAAGCAAGUAACCGGCGAGAUGCCUCAAACUUGGAAUAUUAUAUUUAAGCAAAUUAGAGCGAUUUCUCUCCCCCGCUCCCCUCCAUCUUUCACCUUCUUCUUCUACCCACCACUGACUAAGCCUGGGAAGUGUUCUUCAGGGCGUGCCACAUUGAAGAGGGGUCACAAAGGGACUUGCCGAGGUUUGGUUCUUUUGGAAGCGACGGGCUUAUUUUCAAGCUGUAGUAACUGAAUUAGCCUGGAGCUUUGGUUCUGCAAACCCCGAACAUUUUCUCCCACGCCAUGUAUAUGGUGCCCCUGUAUUAAUUUAUGCAGCCAUUUAGUUAUCAAUGUUCCAAGAUAGAUUGUAAGUCAACAGUAUGUGCCUUGUUCUGUUAACUGUUAUUGUAAUAAAUUUAAGAUCGUCAUAAAG